UGAAAAAUUGCAUUCUCUUUAAAGUUGGUAGACUAUACUUAUCAUUGACUUGACAUUUCAUAAAUAUAAUUUAAUUAUUAUUAUCACAAAAAAAAAAAAUUUAAUAUUUGUUUAAAAUUAAAAAUUAAACUUAAUUAUUUAUAUUAAUCUAAAUUAAAGUUACAACAAUGCACUCACUUUAUUCCAUCAGUUCCCUCCCAAUUUCCCAAUAUGGAACACUUCUCAAAAUAAAUAAUGCCAAAAAAAAAAAAAAAAUAGAAAAAGAUACUAAAAACUGAAAGCAAGGAAGCUCAAAAUUCCCUCCCAAAAAUUCCGUGGAGUGGAGCCCCAACUGUGAAUCUGAAUCCCAUCCUCUUCUUCACUUCUCUACGGUGUCACACUAUUCAAGACUUGGAUUUUCCCAUUGAGUAAUUGAAUUCUCAUAUUAUAUAUAUAGAGAGAGAGAGAUGGAACAAGGUGCAGAAGCAGUUCUUAAUCUUCAACCAAGCUCUUCAGUUACUAUAUCAUAUCACCAACUCUUUAGUUCUCAUGAUGAUAUAAUGCUACUUGAGCUUGAUGAGAAACUUCUCCCAGAUAUUCUUAACCAACGGGUAGUUGUGAGAGGACAGCCCGAUGAAGAUGCAGUUCUUUGCACUAAAUCGAAAACUUAUGCUAUGAAAUAUGUUGGAACUUCCAACUCUGUCUUCCUAGUACCACCUUCAGAUCACUCAGAGUUUGCUGUUAGUGCAAUGGAUUGUGAUCAGAAAGCUCAAAAUCAGAUACCCGUUGCAUCUGUUAUUAAAGUUGCUCCGGGUACAAUGGAGCUCGUUGAGGUUGCUCCCAAACUCGACAAGCUUAAAUAUCUCCUCUCUAUGAACCCUUACAGCUCUGAAGAUGAUGACAUAGAAAUGGAGGAUGUGUCAGAAACAGAGCGAGGACUGUUUACAUGGGAUGCUCUCGGGGAAAGAAUCCAAGCUAGCGACGAUGAGUUGAGGUCUGGUUUACAAGCACUCUCGGCUGUGGAAAUUGACGGGUAUUGGAGAGUUGUAGAUGAAAGGUACAUGGAUACAAUGCUUAAGAUGCUUUUGAACAAUUCAGUGUUGAAUGACUGGUCUUUGGAUGCACUUGAUCAUGAUAAAGUUGUGGAGGUGCUGCAAUCAGAUGGUUAUCCUCACAAACUCGCGGAGCAUUGCUUGCUUGUUUUCGGUCAAAAGUUAACCGAAGGUGUUUGGAAGCUAGAUGAGAAGAAAGUUUGUGUGCAUUUUGCGAAACAAAUCUUGAAAGGUGGAAAAAGGAAGAUGGAAAGCUUCAUGGAGGAGUGGAAGAAAAAGAUACCCGAAGGUUUGCAAAUCAAUUUCGACAUGCUGGAAGGUGAAGUUUUAACUGAGAGACUUGGUGUCGAUUCAUGGGUGUACCCUUUCAGCGUUUCAUCUCUGCCAUCAACUCCGGCUGAGCGUUUCUCUAUUCUUUUCAAAGAGAGACAGAAGUGGGAAUGGAGGGACUUGCAACCUUACAUAAGGGACUUAACUGUACCAGGUGUCUCAUCAGAAGGUUUGCUUCUCAAAUACACUAGAAGGGCACAACCCAAAGCAGAUGCAGAACCUGUCUUUAGUGCAAGAUAAUCAUAUACAAAAUACAUGAGUUUGUUUUGGUGUUAUGUUUGAACUGGACUUUCUAGCCUAGAAUUAGAUAGAUCACUUUGGUUGGUGUGCUUUCUUGCUUUAUUAAUAUUAAUUUACAAACUCUUCUAGCUUAGUCCUAUAACAAUGGCUACUUUCUCAUUUCUCUUAUUCUCAUUCCAACCCAAGAUAAAGAUAAUAGAAGAAUUGAAAGAA